AACGAUUUAUGACUUGACUCCUGUUGACAACCACUUCAGUUAGCUUGAUGUGUUUGACCAGCUGCAGGUGGAUGGAAGUUACAUAAACACAUAUGUUAAUAAUGACAAUUAAAUAAAAAUAUAUGUAAUUAAUGUAAACAAGUAAAUGUAGGGAGCUUCCUGAUGUAUUUUCAUCCAGCAGGUGUCACGGAAUUUACAGUAUAGUGACUACAAAGGAAAUGAAAGGAAAAAAGGUAGCGUGAGGUUACGUAAACACAGCAUCCAUGCUAAAAGUACUGCGAACUACACUUCCCAGAAUGCCCUGCGCGAAGGUAGCGUGGACGUGUGCAGCUGUCAGUAGACACAUACUGCACCCUUCUAUCUCUCUUUAUCGCCAGGAAUUGAGAACUUUGCCCUCGGUGUUGCGCAGUUUUCUCUGUCGCAGGUGAAAGACAUUCGCUGAGAGUUCACUCCUGUGAGUGAAUGAGCCUCAGUGACGGUGAUAAUCCGGCGGGAGCUCGUCCCCCUGUACCGCUCGACUGCUGCGGAGGACUCAACAACGUGGAUUACUCAAAGAUGGACCUGACCCCGAUGGAGGAUUUCCUGAAGCACCUCUCCUUUCAAGACUCCAGUUUUUGCAUCGCCGUGAUCGCCAUUAUCUUCAACCCCCUCUUCUGGAAUGUGGUGGCGCGGUGGGAACAUCGAACACGGAGGAUCUCCAGAGUCUUUGGCAGCCCUUACCUGGCCUGUUACUGCCUGGCAUGCGUCAUCGUUUUGCUCAACGUCUACCGCAGCCACAGCAUAACAGUGGUGAUGAAGGCCCAGGCCCGGUGGGAAGUGAUGGAGAGGACGGAGGUUUUCUACACGGGUGUUGCUUUCAUGGUGUUGGGUACUCUGCUCGUCAUCAGCAGCUUCCUCACUCUGGGAUUCACUGGAACUUUCUUAGGUGAUUACUUUGGAAUCCUGAUGGAGGAGAAGGUGACAGGUUUUCCCUUUAACAUCACAGAAAACCCGAUGUAUUGGGGCAGCACUGCCAACUACCUCGGCCUGGCACUCACUAGCGCCAGUCCGAUCGGACUUGUUCUGACCGUCAUAGUCGCGGUGGCUUACAAGGUGGCACUGACAUUCGAGGGACCGUUCACUGAACACAUCUACGAGGAGCGGAGUCCGCGCCGCAAGCUCGAGUAAUCGCCUCGCAGGCGCUUGCUGCUCCUGGUUUUGGCCGAGGAUUCCCAUCCUGUCAUGUGGACGGACACACGGACAGAGGGACUGACUGAAAGACAUUUCUCCCCAGCUGCCUGUGUGGACACAAAGGACAAAACUGCAGCUUUUUAAAAAAAAUAAUUUUUUUAAACCACACGAACGUGAACAGUCGUCAAUAUAAUUUUCAGAUGUCUGUCGUGUGAUAUUAAAAAUAAAUACACAUGCAAGUGUUUAUUUUA